AUGCCUCCUCGAUCAAUUCCCCUUCAAUUCUCAAGAAUGCACCCCUGGCACGACACUCCCCUUACUUCAAGAUCUCCCCACCCUCCAACACCUCACAAUCCUCCCCAGCUCCUCUCUCCCUCGCACGCCCUUAAACACACUCUUUUCCACCUCAGUAUGGUCCUCAUCCUCAUCGCGACCCUGCUCCUCCUCCUCUCACUCUCACCAUAUUCCCAAGCUCUAGACGCACCCUACACCGAUCCCAAGUCCAAAACCUGCAGCGCACCUCUCCUGCGUAAAGAAUGGCGCGCCCUCAAUGCUUCCGAACAGACCGCCUACAUCUCCGCAAUCCGCUGCCUUACCACGCAACCCUCGGCCCUCAGGAAACUUCUUCCGGGCUCGCAGUCGCGCUUUGAUGACUUCCAGGGCGUGCACAUCCUCCAGAUGGAGAACGUGCAUCUGAAUGGUCGGUUUCUGCCUUGGCAUCGGUAUUUCACGGCAGUGUGGGAGGGUGCAUUGAGAGGAUCAUGUGGGUAUCGGGGGUCGCAACCGUAUUGGGACUGGUCUCUUGAUUCGGAAGAAGGUAGCACCUGGGCUGAAUCACCCGUUUUCUCCACCACCACGGGAUUCGGUGGAAAUGGUACCUCCUCCUCCUUGAACUCAUCCUUAGUACUUUUAUCUAUGCCAGACUCUCAACUCACCUAUUUAGGGCCCUACGUGCCCUGCUCUGAGCAACCCUACGAAUCUCCUUGUGUUAUGAACGGUACUGGCGGUGGCUGCAUCACCAACGGCCCGUUUGCAAAUCUAACCCUUCACAUGGGACCUGGGAAAAGGGUUGAGCGCAACGAUCACUGCAUAACAAGGGAUUUCCAUCCCUAUGUACAGGAUUGGUUCAGUGAACAAGAGGUCAAUAGUACGCUGAGUGAGAAGAGCUUUGAGAGCUUGUGGAGAAGGAUCGAGGGCAUGUUUGAAGUCAGGCAGCUUGGGUUGCAUGGGGCUGGACAUUUGGGGGUUGGUGGAACCCUGGCAGAUGUUUAUUCUUCACCCGGAGACCCGCUAUUUUACCUCCACCAUGCAAACCUCGACCGACUAUGGUGGCAAUGGCAGCAGAAAGACCCAGAGAGGCGUUAUACAGAUAUUUCAUCUCCUGAUAUGCAAGGGCGCGAGGCGGGGAGGGUGACGCUGAACUAUGAGCUGAAUAUGGAGAAGCUGGCGAAAAAAGUUAUUGUUAAAGACAUUAUGAAAAUCAAUGACGGGAUACUUUGUUAUAAUUAUAUGUGA